AUGUUGUUCUUGCUUGGAGAAUUCUCUAGGGAAUCAAAUCAUGCUUGGUCUAAAAACCACACCUCCAAAUCCAAGCUCGUCAAAUUUCGGCAACUCGAGGACCAAAUGGAGUGUCUCACAUCCGGGUUUGGUUUGUUGCUCAUACAGUCUCGCAACACCUCCUCCUUCUUCUUCAACCCCUUUACGCAUCAAAGAAUCAACCUCCCAUACCACGACAGCAUUGUCACUGCCGCGGCGUUUUCAGCCUCCUCCACCUCCCCUGAUUGCACUGUUUUCACCUAUAGGAUGCCCAAUGUCUUUGGCGUCCGUAUUGACACUUUGAUUGUGGGACAAGAAACUUGGACUCGUCAUGUUUUCGUGCGAGAUCCAAGCUUCUUCAGUGGUUUGAUCCAAGUAAUGCUUCUAUUGUGUGCAUCCAUAUGGAAAAGUUGGCCUUCUCAAAAUUUUAAAAAAAAUCACUCUCGACCCUAA